AUGUCCGAGCAAGACAUUCUUCCAAAUAAAUAUAGUGAAUUGAGAAGUAUCGGCAGAUACUAUAUCGAUUGCUACAAUGUAUUGUAUCAGUUAAAAACAAAUAACGAAAAAGAAUUAAACACAAUUUACACAAUGAUCAAAUCAGAUUUGAUUGAUUCCAAUAAAUGUUAUCCUUCUAAAGUUGUGAAAGAUAUUUUAAGUAUUAUUUCGUUUAGAAACAGCUAUACAAAGUCAUACUUGAAACUUGCGAAACAAUUAUCAGAUGAUUAUCAAGUAAAAGAAGUUAUAGAUGUUCCAAAUGUUUCUAACUACUUGUUUUAUAAAGAAUAUGGAAUUAUACUAAGCAAGAAUUCGGAUUUCACAAAAAUUUCAUUAGAGAAUCUGGAAAUUCAUACAAUUUACAAAGCAAUCAUGGACAAUAACCUAAAAACAUUCAUAUCAUUCACUGAAAGUGAUGGAUUUGAUAAAAAUCAAAAGUUUGAAAGCAGUUUAUAUCCAAUUUCUCAUGAUAGUAAUUCACUACUUGAACUAUGUUGUUACUACGGAGCUGUCGAUUGUUUCAAGUUUUUAAGGACAGAAUUUAAGUCAGAAAUAACCCAAAAAUGUCUGCUAUUUUCAUUUUUAGGAGGAAAUCCAGAGAUCAUGAGUGAAUGUUUGAAAUAUAAAAAACCAGAAGUAAAUUGCUUGGGAUACGCAAUUAUUUCACACAACAUUGAUUUUGUUACAUUCUUGAUGAACGAAUACAAUCCAUGGCUUGAUUUAGAUUAUUGCGUUGAAUACAAUAAUCUUGAAUUAUUGUUAGUUUAUUUCGAUCUAACUAAUGAUGUUAACAAAUGCUUUAUUAAUUCUGUGAGGUUCUGUAUUCCAUCACUUUGCGAAUAUUUCCUUUCACAUGGUGCGAAUAUCAAUGAAAAAGAUAUAAAUGGAAAAAACGCUCUUCAUAUUGCGGUACUUAAUAAAAAGAAAGAAAUAUUCGAACUUCUUAUUUCACAUGGUGUAAAUAUCAAUGAAAAAGAUAAAAGAGGAGAAACUGCUCUCCAUUUUGCAAUAAGAAAAAAUAAUUGUAAAGAAAUAACCGAACUUCUUCUUUCGAAUGGUGCAAAUAUCAAUGAAAAAGAUAAAGAUGGAUACACUGCUCUUCAUAUUGCGGCAUUUAAUAAUAAAAAAGAAAUAGUCGAAUCUCUCCUUUCACAUGGUGCAAUUAUCAAUGAAAAAAAUAACAUUGGUAGAACUGCUCUUCAUUGCGCAGUAAGAAAAAAUAAUCGUAAAGAAAUAGUCGAAUUUCUUAUUUCACAUGGUGCAAAUAUCAAUGAAAAAGAUAAAAGAGGAGAAACAGCUCUUAGUAUUGCAGCAGAAUAUAAUAGUAAAGAAACAGUCGAACUUCUUAUUUCACAUGGUGCAAAUUCCGAUUAA